AUGGCCGGCUGGGCCCUGUGCGUGGCCCUGGUGCUGGCGGCGCUGUCAGGAGCAGCGGGUGAGACCCGCUAUGAGAAGUUCCUGCGGCAGCACGUGGACCAUCCCCGGACCUCCACGCUCGCGGCGCACCGCUACUGCGAGACCAUGCUGGCGCGG